AUGAUGUACGAUGCGGCGAGCAUGAAAGAAAGCACCUCACGAGGAAAUGAAUGUGCCAGGCAUUACACGGUAAUCUUUCAUUUUUUCUUAUUUAAAAUGGCUUAAGGCUGAUGACGGUUUGACGAAAAAGGAUUAAUUAUUCAUCGGAAGGGUUAACGUUCAGAGUAGGUUGGAGAGGGAAAUUGGAUGUGAAAUUAGAGGAUAAUGCUGGAAAAUUGCGCUUUAUUCUCUCGUCUAGAGGAGGAACUUAGCCAAGAGGAACGUAGUAAAGUAGGUAAAAUGGGUAGUGACUGCGAUACGUUAUUUUAUUUUUUUGGUAACGAGCGAUGCUAGAAAAAGUGACGCUCAAAUUUUAGUGGGACUCGGCGCAAAAUUGAGAAUACGUUUUUCAAGACAUCUACCGGCUUCUGCAUAGCGCAUUAAACAUUGUAUUGAACAAGAGAUGGCUCUAUAUCGUCAUCUAAACCUUCCGUAGCAGGCCCUAGAUAUCCCCAUUUUGUUCUGGAAACUACUGCCAUUAGUAUCGUCAUGUUUUGUCUAGAUUAACAUCAAAUCCAGCCGUUGUUUGUUUACUCCUUCCUAUAAUCGCUGAAUCUUAUUAUCGUUGAACUUUGGACAAGUCAAAACUAAAAUUGAACAAUUCAAAGAUCCCAAAAGAAUCUAAUUCAUCAAAGUCGAACAGGAUCAAGCCAUGCUUUCAACCCUUAAAUCCUUUUUUUAUCCUCAUAAGUCGUCAAUCAAACCUUAUUUUAGCCCUCAUCUUCGUGGCCUCAUCUCACUUCGGGUCCGCCUUCGAUGACCUCGGGCAUGUCAAGUGAGGAGGAAGAGAAAUGGGCGGGCCCGGAAACAGAUCCCCUUCGGCACUGUCGGAAACACCGAUUGCCUCAAAGUCAGGAUACCGACGACAUGCUCACCCAAGGCCCCAGGGUAAGUCCUUUUUUGCGGGUUAUUUAUUGUCAAUCAGGGAGUAAUUUGCACGAGUAAUGGCUAAGCAGAAAACAGAUUUAAUAAGCUGUGGAAAAAGUGAAAUUUUAUUUAAAAAAAUAUAAAAUACCAUAAAAUCAAAUUCAACUAUUAUACAUACAUUGCAACAUUCGAGAAAUUUAAAGCAUAAAAUUUGAUUUUUUCAGUAGCAAACUGUAAUUGUACACUCUACAUUCUUGUUUUUUAGCUGCCUUUUUAUGGCACGAAGUAUCCUAAUGAGUAAUAUUGUGACCAAUUUAAUAUGCGAGCCUCGAAUUUUGCAAGUAAAUAGACACAUUCUUUGGCCUUUCUGCAAACUUUGUAAGUGACAAUGCAAUCAUAGCGCCUUAGGUCAUCAAAAUUGCGCCGUCUUUAUCUAUAACAAACAAAGUCUUGCCAACCGUCAGACAAGGAAGAUAUUACUUGUCAAUUUUAACCCUAAAAUCUUGAGUAAAGCCGCAUUGCGGAAGGUAUAAAAGGAACAGAAUACUUUAGUAAGUUUAGCUUUGUUAUCAGUCUUAUUAUAUUUUGUCAUCAUGUUGCGCUAAGACCUUUUAUUUUUUGAAUCCGUUGUCUGCUAUAGCGAAAUCCGUUGUCUGCUAUAGCGAACCUUCCAAGUUCAAAGAUUCCCACAAUUUCUUCAACAUCUGCCUUCUUUUCGAAAAAAAGCAAUUCAGUUUGUAUUUUGUAUGUAUAACUCGGUUUAUUAAAGCUCAUACGAUGAGGCGAAAAACACGUCUUUUUUGGCCUCAACUUUUAAUGACCAAUUUGAUUUGUCUUCCUGCUAUCUUUGUAGGUUUUAGAUAUAUUAGGUUGGCAACUAAGUUAUUGAAAUUUUUUUUGCAUUGUUCCACGGACGUUCUUACGUCAGUAAGGCUAGUAUCACACUAUCCCACCUGUAGUAGGGUUAGAGUACUAUCAAACCCAGAGGCAUCGAACUCGCAGCUCGCGUGUUGGUGUAGUACCUUGAAUUUGAAUAAGAGCAAUUUUGAGUGGUCAUUUUGCAGUGCCAUGCAAUGCGUAUAGAACUCGAAUGACAUAACGCUAACGUACAACGUUUACAACGUCAGGACACCUUCAACAGUCUUGCGAUAACAUUUUGUCCCAAAAGGAUCAAUAGAAAUUAUUACGACUUCGCUUAAAAUUAGGCGGUAGGCUGUCUUUCAAGGUGUUGCACGAGACGCUAAAGAAGGCAGCACGGUUAACUCUUCAGGUAGUGACAGAGCUAUUCACUACGAACCAAAUAGUAGCAUAAACCAUCUUCCUUCUUGGAGCAUGACAUAAAGUCGCGACCGAAUUUUCUUCAUGACCUGCCUAGUGGCUCCCAAAAAGUUAACCGAGUAGUUGCUAUUUUUUUCCAAGACCUUUGUGCCGCUGAUAAAUCGGAACUGGGACGAUUGGGGAAAAAGACGAUUGGGGAAAGGGACGAUUGGGGAAAAAGACGAUUGGGGAAAAGUACGAUUGGGGAAACCGAAAAGUAUUAUUUUUCUUCCAUGCAAAUGUCGAAGUUAGGAUAAUCGAGGGUGCUCAUUUCGAAUAUCGGGUUUAUUUUUUCUGAACAUUACUAGUUUUCCUUAAGUAGUACUGUUAAGUACUAAUUUUUUAAAAAUUUUCGAAAAAUACUGGAUUUAGGGGAUUUCGAAGGUGCUGGUUUCGAAAAUGAUGUUCAUUUUUCCUCUAGUACUAUAUAGUACUAUUCUGAUACUAUAUAGUACGAGGUCAAAAUAUGGCUUUUGACGUUAAUGGUGUUGUUUUGAUGCUUAGUACUCUUCAAAAACACGUUUUGAAGACUUGGUGCUAUAUAGUACUACCUGAUACUAUGUAGUACGAGGUGUAAAGUUGGCCUUUAGGCGUUCGUGGUGUUGUUCUGGUGCUUAGUACGCCUAUUUUUACUUCGUACUACAUAGUAUCAGGCAGUACUAUAUAGCACCAAGUCUUUAAAACGUGUUUUUGAAUAGUACUAAGCAUCAAAACAACACCAUUAACGUCAAAAGCCAUAUUUUGACCUCGUACUAUAUAGUAUCAGAAUAGUACUAUAUAGUACUAGAGGAAAAAUGAACAUCAUUUUCGAAAUCAACACCCUCGAAAACCCCUAUAUCGAGUAUUUAUGAAAAAAAAUCAAAAAUUACUACUUUACAGUACUACUUAAGGAAAAAAGUAAGAAUCAAAAAAAUGAAUGUCAUUUUCGAAAUGAGCACCCUCGAUUAUCCUAACUUCGACAUUUGCAUGGAAGAAAAAUAAUACUUUUCGGUUUCCCCAAUCGUACUUUUCCCCAAUCGUCUUUUUCCCCAAUCGUCCAACUCCGUGAUAAAUCUAGGGCCCUGAAAAGGGACGUCUAUUCUCUUUGUUGAAAACCCGUACAGGAGCCAGCGAGCUUAAGCGCGGUAUUCUGAAGUUAAGGCCGAACAGACCCUUCAUACUCGAUGACAGUAUUUUUUAAGAUUUUAUCCAAUUUUUUAAGGACUAUGCCCUCGGGAAAUUUACCUGCACAGAGUAUCACUCCUCCGAAUAUGUUUCCAUGAGAGAUAGAAAAGAUUCGGGCAGCGAGCGAAACGAAAUCUAGAAUAUCCACUUACGUCGGGAUGCCUGUUUGGCCCGAUAGAAAUAAUGAUCGUAGGAACUUGUCAAACAGUCCAACUAGACUUUGCUUUCUUAAGUGUUGUGAAGUACUUAUGUUACUCUCUGUGGCGUAUAUCACACCUAUUUGACUGCGCACGAUCUAAGUUAUAAAAACUUCAGUAUAACAGAACAUCUAGAAACCGGCUUCAUGAAAUCUUCUAAGCCUAAAUUCCCUGGUUCCUCUGUUGGUGGUGCCACUGCACAUUCAGAUGACAAGGCUUGUAUUGUAGUUACUAAUAGUGGGUACUAUAGUUGUUGACUGUCAAGCCUUUAAAGAUUGUGGCAAAAAGAAAAGCAGUCAAAAAUUUCAAUAACUUAGUUGCCAACCUAAUAUAUUUUUGCUUUUAAAGUGUCAUACCAUCAACCAAAUAAAAUUAUUCUCUCACAAUUUUCUAUUCUGUCCAACUCAUUCCAAAAUUUAGGCACCACUUUCUUACGGAUAUUUUUUUUUAAUUCUUGUUUAUGUCACAUUUUAUGUCCUUAAAUGGACGCAAAAAGACGGUUCAGUGAUCGUUUUUUGUGUCCGAAAUAGCCAAGAGGAUAUGUUUAUUUGUCUGUGACGUUGAUCUAAGAUGCCCUGAGGCAAUUAGAAUACUUUUUGGUCCCUAAAAUGAAUGUCCAGAGGACUACUGCUAUUUAAAAUCCUUUCGCUGAUAAAACUGAUUUUCGGGCAUGUGUCUACCUCGUGUGUGGUGCCAGUUUUACAUUAUUGAUGUGUAUUUUUAAGAGAGGGAUCAUUUCUUCCGUAUUUACGUCAGAAUUGCUUUUUGUAACAAGUCGGAUUGUUACCAUUCAGUAUCAAAUUUCAACUUGUUUUCUUUGAUCUCUUGCCGCAUAAUUAGGGCUUAUCUUUGAACCAAAUAAACCUUUGUUAGUAGUUGGUUUAUAGCAAUUACUGUUGAUUUGAUUGCUAAACCUUUGUACUUCCAACUGCUAGUCCAACCCCCAAGCCCACCUCAAUUCAUUUGUCUAAAAAAGUUUGUUGUUGUCAGAGCCCACAACGGAUGCUCUUCGGAUGUCAUUUGUUAUAAGCGAUGUCAAAAACGAACCGGGUCCAAAGACCCCCACAUUUCGGGGACCUCGGGGCACGAGGUCUUUCCUGAUAAUGUGAUCUUCUAUAUUCAAAACCGAGCUGUUCUUGUCACGUCAAACCUAUUCGAGAGAUCGUAUGGGAGAGGGGCGAAGGGUUUUCUGAGUGUGUCAAUUUUAUGGCCAUGGAUUGAAUAUUCAUUAAGGGGGAUUGAAUAUUCGCUGCACUGUAGGAGAAUAUAUUAUAAAACCGAAUUGGAAAUGAUGGUUUCAGGAAAAAAAGAUGGGAGAGGGAGGUGAUAGAUGGAGCUGUUGCUAGUAGCGAGAGUAAUUAGACGGCUAGAUUUGUUGUUUUUUAUUUAGAAAAGAUUAAUCGACCAUUUCUUUGACGUCACACGUGUCCUUUUCACAUUGAUCUAGACAUAAGGGAUCCCAGAAAUCAAGUUUUACCGAUUGAAUCUUUAAAGGUUCAAGUCCUUUCUAGACCAAAUAUAAAUGCAAAUCAAUAAAGUAUUCAAUGCGAACGCCUUCGGAUUGUACAAAGUUUGAAGCUAAGAAGUCAGAGUCUUGGGUCAGUACCUGCCCAUAACAAAAGCGAUGGCAGGCGUAACAAAAACUCAUAUUAUAUGAACACUUGUUGUGCCAUAAAGCUCUCUUUAUUAGACCCACGAAGAAGGCCGGGGAAAUAUUUAUUUAGUUAAAAAGGAUCCAGGGCCCAAAGUUAUUUUUGCCAUCAAUUUCACCGUUUUUGCAGGCGUCAAAAUUUCAAUAAAUCAUACAUCCCACUUGCCUCGUCUUUAUCCAUUCAUCUUCCCAGAUCAGCAUGUGGUGCCAUAGACACUUCACGUAGCCAUUUAUUACUUUUUCCAUAUCCGUCUGACCAAAAUCAUAUAAUAUCUUCCAUGGCCUUACAUUAAGGUUUCCAAAUUUCUAAAAUCAUGGCUUCCGUUGUUUCCUCCAUUAAUUCAAUCAAAACUUUCGCAACUCCUCGAAUAUCCCUUCCUUACGUCAACUUGAUGAAUGAAGGCCGGAGGGGGUGUCACAGUAUUUUUUUGUAAUUUAUUUCCCUCACCUCAGGCACUGAUCUCUUGUUUUUUUCAGCUCGAUCAUUCGGCCGAUUUCAACGGAAUGCCCAAGGGCCGGACCGUCAAAAGAAAUGGAAGCGGAGUCUCGUGGCAGGUUCGUAUUUUAAUUGAUUUAGUGGGCUCCAGGUGAGGAGAAGAGGGAGUUGUUUUAACAUUUGAUUUUGAUUAUUUUUGGGGGCGUCGCUUUUCCGUAGGGCCGAAGUUCUUCGGGGAUUUAUUUUCGGUGGGAAUUGUGGGAUGGAUUGGGUUGCCCACAUGUUGUUACACAUUCAGAGGGAGUGUCAGUUUCCCGGUUGUGAACUUGUUGAUUUAAAUAGCACUCCUUGGACAUACUUUUUCAACAUUCCUAGGCGUCGCUUUUUGUCCAGGAGCUCGCUUGUUUCCGUCUUUAUUACAUAUUUUACGAAUUCAUGGGAAGUACUUUAGAAAUAUUAAUAUGCAUAUGUACUUCCUUCAAACUUGUGGCCGAUCUACCGUGUACUAUUCCGUUCAGACACAGCACUUAGCUAUUUCCGGGCUGUUCUUUGAAUUCUUAUGGGAAAAUCUGAAGCCGUAAUCACUUCCGGAUUGUCGCAGUUUCUUAUCUCCAACAUCACUUAUGAACUUUGGUUGGUUACAAGAAAGAAUUAAGCUUAAGAGGAUUAUACCUAGAAGUACAAGACCACAAAGGUCUUGAGGAUCUCAAAAAUUAAAAAAAGGACUCUGUGUGUGGAUAUCUUAGAUGACAUUUUGCUGUCGUGAAAAGUUUUUUCUGAGUUUUGCGGCUCAAAGAAAUCUUCGCAGGCCCGAUUGCACGCCAAUUUAUUUUCUUCAAAAACGAUUGCGGAUUUCUCUGACCUCUAAUCAACCGCUGGCCAUGUGGCCAUUUGAUCCUACUGUUUUAUGGACGGCCUUUUACAAUGUAGUUAAAGACGAACGCCUCGCAAUAAAAGAGUCAUUUCUAGCCAUAUCUUGGCCGAAAUUGCCCUCAGGCCUUAGUUUUACCUUCGUCUUCGGACGUCAUGUUUUUUGGAUGCCGUCCACACGUUUCACGUGCAAUAAAAGCGGGAGAUGUGCGGUAGUAAAAAAGGGGAAGGGGAAGUGUCUCCUUGGCCAAAUCAUGACCUUAGACAAGGGCCUGGUUCCUGGUUGCGCGUUGAGAGUCCAAUUAGACGGCGUCUAGGUUUUGCUUUCAAAGAUUGGCGGAAAGCUUUGUUUUGUCGAAUAUGACGUUAUUAUUUGGUUCAUAGGGUUGGGUUCUGCAAUCUUUGAGAGACGAAAAGUUUUUGUUAUUUGUAUCGGAUAUGAUGAGUAUGUCAAAGGAAUUAAAAAUAGGUUGUAAAUAGGACUAGACGUACUGAGAAAAAUGGGGUUUGAAAAAGGGAAAAAGGUUUUUGGAAACUCGAGCCGUACAUAUUAUCUAUAGCCGAAUCUUUUAUGGCCCUCUUCUCCUAUCGGUUAUACUAUCCGAUUCCUCCCUUAAAUCCCCAUUUCCCGUCCCUCUAAUUGCUCUCUGAUUAUUGUUAUUUUUGUUUACUCAUCUUCGAAUUUUCCCAACUCUCAAUUUCCCUUCCUUCGCUUUCCAUUCGCCCCCAAAUGACCGCCCCUUUUUGCAGCCAUCGUCGAUAACUUCGGAAGAACUCCGACUCAUCAACUCCUCAGUUGGCGCUGGCUCCAUGGCCGAUCCCGCCGAGCUUAUUUGUUUGAAUAUCGGUGGGCAAUCGUUCCGAUGCAAAGCCGUAACCCUCAAAGCCAAAUGUCCGGACGCUCGGCUCGGCUUGUUCGUGGGACAAAGCCAUGAAAACCGGCUCCGACUCUGCGAUGGGUUCUUCACUGUGAGUUGGGUUCCGUGGUUUGUGAUUUCGAACAAUGCGGACGGUUAGAGAUGGGCGAUUCUUUUUUGCUAAGGCUGAGAAAACAAAUAAAUCGGCUGUUCGGUAAUCUUAGGGCAGCUUAUUGCAUUUUGCCUACAAUAACAUACACAGUAAACCUUAUUUAUGCCAAAGAAUCAAAAUUUUUAAUUUUCCCUCUUUGCUGUGUAUAAAAAUCAAAGAAAAACUCUUAAAACAUCAAGAUUAUACCCGGCAAAUUUAACCCCAUUUCAAACCAAAGGGAUCGCUUUCUCACUUACCAUAUAAUGUUACAUUUCCGACCAAAGAUCACUUGCCGCGCGUACUUUAAUUCCCACUACAAAUUCCACCGCUUGAGAAUGUCAUUUUCCGUCUACAUACUACGAAACGCAUAUUGUUUUGACAGUUGUCCAUUGUUUUUGGAAUUAUUCUGUCAUUCCCAAGCGUUUUUCUGACUACGUUGUUUUUUAAUGUCCGAAAAAACAUAAAAAAUGAGGUAAGAGUGAAGAAAUCAUACUGCACCAGACGUUCAUAAGAGAACCAAUGAAAGCGAUCCCUCAUUUUUUGAAAAAAUAAAACGUAAAAAAUAAGGCCGACGUGAGAAAAAAGCAAGAAAAUUCAAAUUCAGCCUUUUUUCAAAAUCCCAAACUCGAUCUUGUAUGUUCACUUUCACAUGAUGACAAAUGAAAUAAAAAUUUAAAUUUAUUUUUGUCCAUAAAAAUAUAUUUUUAGAGAUCCACAUCAAAAUACACAAACAUUUUUUCCUUCGGAAUCCUUUUUUAACCCAAUUGAAUAUAAAUGAAAUUUUUAAAUUCUAAAUGAGUUGCACUUUUCAUCAUUUUGAAACAAAAAUCUAAAAAAUCAAGAACAGCUACGAUUUUUAUAAAGAACUGCAUUUUCAGGCCACAAACGAGUACUUUUUCGAAAGGUCAGGGAAGUUAUUUGAGAGCAUCUACACCUUUUACGUCACAAGUGAACUGCAUAGGUAUGCAUUUUGUCUUUCUCGAUCAUCCAACUGUAAAUAAUUUUCUUAAGAAUUAAUAGCCUUUAAUUUCCAUUUUCCAGGCCAUCGGAUAUCUGUGAGAGCGAAUUUUUGGGCGAAUUACAUUACUGGCGGGUCCCCGAAUCCAAGGUUGCACCGUGUUGUUGGCCAAAAUACGAUCCCAUGUAAGUUUUUAUUGCCUGUUAUCCCCUUACUACACUCAAUUUUGAGCACUUUGUUUUUUUGUUCAAAAUUGAGUUUCUUUCCUAAAACUACUAAAAAUUGAAUUGUUACCCUCGCAAAUGAUCUGGAAUUUGUGUAUUUGCACACCUUAAACAUGACAAAACCAGAUCUGAAACAAAACAGUUAGGGGUUUGAUAACACAAUAAUAAACCCAUGUUUUUUUACGAUACAACCGAUAUCACUCAAAGCAGAGGUCGUACAAAAAUUUGUGUUAUUAUUGCAAAAAAAGCUCUGAGAAGAUGCAUGAUUGAAAAAGAAGAAGUGUUUUACGUAUAUUUUUUCAAAAAUUCAGCGAGAAAAUCCUUGAAAACUCUUAUGAUCACAUUGAAGAAGUAAUAAGCCAAAAUGUUUGAUAUUUUCAGCGAAGAUUCCAUCGAUGACCUCCUUGCUCACAAACGAAGUCCGGAUGAGACGAUGCGACAGCGAUUGGAUCGAUUUUGUGAAGGAGAUGGCACCCUCGCCUCGACUUUGUUCACCUUCCUCAGCAUUUGUUUCGUUCUCAUCUCAGUGUUGGGAUUAGUUCUGGGAUCCAUUGAGGACUUCCAGAACCCCUUCGAGAAAACGGCGAAUGGAACAUUUUUAUUCACAGGGAACGUGAGCAAAGGUAAGUUCUCGCCCAAUCUUUAGUUGUGAUUGCUAUAAACCGGCUCUAUCCCCUCUAAUUCCAGCAAAUACUCCUCCAAACAUUAUCUGGGAGCCGCACUCGGCCUUCACGAUUGUCGAGACCACCUGUAUCAUCUGGUUUUCCAUCGAAUAUUUCCUGAGAUUGGCUGUGGCGCCGAAUCGUUUGACCUUUAUGUGUGGUAUCCUCAAUGUUGUGGAUCUGAUCGCAAUCUUGCCAUUUUACAUGGAACUCUUCUUGAAGACGUGUGGCUAUGACGUCGACAGUCUUAGUGAUAUCAAAGGCACGUUUCUAUAUAAAUCUGAAGAUCUAAAUUUUUCCAAAUUCCAAUAUUCGUCUGAUUAUAGGUGCUUUUCUGGUUGUUCGAAUCAUGCGCGUCCUCCGGGUGGUUCGUAUUCUGAAGUUGUCUCGCUACAGUACUGGUAUGAAGACGUUCGCCUUGACCUUGAGGAGUUCGGCGCGUCAGUUGGGAAUGAUGGGGAUGGUCCUCUUUACCGGGGUCAUCUUCUUCUCGACGUUGCUCUACUUCGUCGAGAAAGAUGAGCCCGGAUCUCCAUUCACUUCGAUCCCAUCCGCUUUUUGGUGGUAUGUAUAGAGAGAGUUUCUUUGAAGAGCUAGAGCCCUCGAAUAGCUUGAUUUAUAACAUCUAAAUUGUAGGGCAAUUGUAACCAUGUCGACGGUCGGUUAUGGAGAUCAGAUUCCAAAGACGAUCCUUGGAAAGACCAUUGCCAGCGGCGCUAUUCUCAGCGGAGUCCUUGUGCUUGCCUUGCCGUAAGUGUGAAUCUGAACCUUCGAAUACAUAAACUUACAGCAUCACAAUCAUCGUCGACAACUUCAUGAAAGUCUCGGGGAGCAUGCAGAACCGACCUCAAGUCCAACGUCCCUAUUCCGACACCGAAUCGAGCCGACCCACCUCUCCUGCCAAUGGAAAAUUGACCAAAGACAACGACAGUAUGGCCAGACUCACUCCAUCUGUCACUGGCAACAAUGUUGCCUAA